CUCUGACAACAAUGCGCAUCAUAUAAUCACAUAAAAUACUUAGAUGGACAUAAAUAUUCACGAUAUAAAUUUGUAAAUUAUGUAAUGUAUAUAUUUGUUGUGGUUUGUGCACUCACUAUCUCAAGACUUAAGUCUAUAGCGAUUGCGAAUAUUCAGUACUCAAUAGUCGUAAGAUCCCUCGCUAUCCACAGCUCAUUCGUAAGAGGUUAGGUAAUGAACUAUUGCCUUAAGUUCAUGAUUAUAAGGUAGUACUAUUAGGAUUCUGAUUGUCUAAAGGACUUAUUUAAACGUCAAAAUCUGCCUGUUUGACCAAGUGAUAACACACAACUGAUUGUAAUCAAUCGCAUCAAUAAUGUUCAAAAAAGAGUUCCGAAUCAAAUCGAGUGCUCCACUAAAAGGCGCCGAUCAAAAGAAACUGAAGUCAACAAUUUGUAAAUGUUUUAACUUAACCAAUGAAACACUGGAUGAAUUUUUAAAUCAUAAGCAAUUGUCACUGUUGAAAGUUAUUACCUAUACUAAUGAUAUAAUCAAAAUUUAUUGUGCUCAAGAAGUUGCGUUAGUUUUCGAUCAUAAAGGAAAAUAUUAUCCUACAUUAUUUAUGGUUUGGUCAUUUCCUCACAUUGUCCCCAGAUUAAUAUUACAUGAGGAUUUGAAAUCCAAAAUCAAUGAUUCAGCACAACUAAGUAUAAAAGAUAUAACUUCUAUAAAUAAUGAUCAUCUACUAAUUCAGUUGCCUGUUGAUCAGUGUGUGAGUAUAUGUACAAACUCUUGUGAAAAAAUUAUUGCUAUUGGAUACUUGAUUAUUGAUGGCAAUACUAUAAAAAACCACGAAAAAAACAAAGAUAUAUGUUUGAAAGUAUUACAUUACCACAAAGAUGAACUUUUUAAAUCCAACAUGAUAAACAUUAUCCCUGAUGUAAUUUUAAUGAUGGAGCGUUCUUUUAAAAAUGCUCCUGAAGUAAAAGAUGAUUUACCUAAUCAGUUAGAAGAUAACCGAACUGUUAUUGAAAAAAUGGAUGAAUUGCUAAUGACAUGUUCUUUAAAAGCAUUAAAAUAUUGUAUUACAAAAGAAAUGUUGCCAAUUUUAGCUAGUACAUUUUAUAAGAAAUAUGUUAUGUCAUUUUGUCCUGAAGGAAUAGAACUUGAUAUUAAAAAAACUAGUUUCAAAAAGUUAUCGACAUUUUUACAGUUAUUGGAUGUAGAACAUAUAAUAAAAUUUAAUGUUGGUAGUAAUGGUAUUGCUGAAAUAACCCAGGUCAUUCAUAGUAAUAGCAAAUUUCAAGAAAUAAAUAUGGAAGAAAAUCCUGAUUUGAAAGAAAAUAAUGAUCAAUAUACAACUCCAGUAAAAGAAAUUUAUAUAGUGACACCAGGAUUACAACCUAUAUUCUCUGAAUUUCUUUGUCGGAAAGGAGAUGAAUUACCAUUAUCAUCUAUUCGAAGAUAUGUUACUGAGUAUAUUAAAAAAUAUGAAUUGCAAGAUAAAGCGGAUCCUUCGAUAGUGAAUACAAAUGAUGUCUUAAAAAAAAUACUAUCUCAAAGAAAAGAUAAAUCUUCAAUAACCUUUAAGGACUUAAUUGAAGAAGUGACAAAACUAAUGCAUCGGACUGAAAUAUCAGUCUUAAAUACAGAUACCAAAAAAAAUUUAAAGAAAAAAAUUAAUAAUAUCGAAAUGACUGUCAAUAAUCGAAGUGGAAACAAAAAGGUAACUCUAGUUAAUAAUUUAGAGCUAUAUGGUGUCGAUGUUUUAAAAUUUAGUAAAGAAUGUCAACAUGGUGUAGCUGCCAGUACAACUAUCAAUGAUAUUCCAAAUGCACAAAAUAGACAAGUCCAAAUUCAAGGCUCUCAAGUUCCUUUUGUGUAUAAAUUAUUAACAGAUCAAUAUAAAAUUCCUGUCAAAUUUAUAAGAGGACAUGAAAAUUAUAUCAAAAAACAAAAAAAAUAGUUUUUUUUUUGAACUAAAUAAAAAAAAAAAUUAAAAAAAAUUGUUUUCUUUUAUACUUCUAAAGCUAUAAAAUUAUGUA